UCAAUGAAAUCUACAAGUACAAAGACUAAAGAUAAAAAAACGAAAGACAAGGACAAGCUGCACUCAACUAGUGGAACAUUAAAUAUUUUGACAAAUCAACAGGAGGAUGAGGAAUGGAAAGAUUUUGAGGAAGAAAAAGAAAAAGACUACUCAGGUCUCCGCAUUCAAAAUUUGCAGAUAACUAAAGAACAGGAUGAUAGGGAAGCAGCAGAUUCUAUCGACAAUGGUGAUGAUGAUGAUAGAGAUAACAAGGACAGACGAGAUGGGGCAUCUGGGCCAUGGAAUAAAUCAAACACACUUUCAACAACAGCACCAGUCCAAGUACAAAUCCACCAUCAUGAGCCAGAUAGGGAAGAAACAACGCCUAAAGCUCCUGCAAAAUAUGUUCCUCCUGCACAAAGACACACAGCUCAUUCUUCAGUAAAUACACCUAAUUUCCCUUCAUCUCGUAAGAAAAAAGAGGCACCAAAUGUCAAUAGUGAAGAAGAUUUUCCUACCUUGGGUGGUGCAUCUACUACUGGAAAAAGCCUUCAGUACAGUAAUACAGCCUCUUCAGACCUCAUUGAGAACCCUCAUCAGAGAAAAAGUGUAAACCUGACAUUGGAAAACAAAUUUUCAGCAUUGCAAGAUUGAUUAUUGUACAAUAUAAUAAAAGUGUACUACUGUGUUAAACCAGCGUAAAUUAAUUAUAACAUAGCUUAUUACAUUGUGGACUAUUAUUUCUGUUCAAAUUUUUCUUUCUUUUAAUAAAAAAAAUUUUCUAACAAGAAAGCUCAUGAUGCUCACUUAAAUUUGAAUUUAAAAAAAAAAAAAGACAGUAUAAACAUAAACAACUAAUCAUACUUUUAGAGGGAAGAAUUUAGUCGACUGUACUGAUUUAUUUUUGUAAUUAAAUAAAAAAUUAAUGG